CUUUAAGGCCCCCUCCCUCUCUCCUUCACUUCCGCCGCGUCUCCUUAUCGGCCAUUUUAAUUUAACUCUUUCAUGAAAAGUUAUGUAAACACAACAAAGCUACUAAAUGCUUUGAUGCUCACCUUCGCCAAAACACACAUCACAUGUAUGAUCGCUGAAUGUGAUUAAAGACUAGGCGCCGGAAGAGGACGACCCCAGGACUGUGUGCUGCAGCGGGAAUACUGAGAGCAGCCUGCGAGAACAUAAUCAGGAAAACAUGAGGAAAAAGCAGAAUGUGAAAAACAGGAAGGCAGAAGAGACUACAGUUGUGCAGGAGUUUGCUGUGGAAAAAAUCAUUCGUCGAAGAGUCAACGAUGGAAAAGUGGAAUACUAUCUGAAGUGGAAAGGCUUCACAGAUGCUGAAAACACUUGGGAGCCGGAGGACAACCUGGACUGCCCCGAGCUGAUUGAAGAGUUUCUCAGAAACUUGGCUGUCUCAGGCGAGACAGAAAGAAAGGACAAUCUUGCUCUGGAUCCUGUUAUUCAGCCCAAAGAAGAACAGACAGAGCUGGAUGCUAGCACUCAGCAUCAGCAACAGUCUGAGAAAGAGCAGACAGUGUGUGAAACUGGGGAGUCUGCAGAUCACAACACUGAGACCACCAACGACCAACCUCUUAUCCAAGAACCAGAACGCAUCAUUGGCUCCACCGACCGACAAGGAGAGCUCAUGUUCCUCAUCAAAUGGCACGACACAGAUGAUGUGGCGCUGCUGUCAGCCAGGGAGGCCAGUGUAAGAUGGCCCAAGAUGGUUAUCGGCUUCUAUGAGGAUAAGCUUAGCUGGCACGAGGAAGAGGAACAGUGACAAUGAACUGAACAAUACAUCUUGGCAGCUUUUAAUGUUUCCUCUUAAAUAUGUCCAAUGGGUUUUCCUGUCUGUGAAAGGUGUUGUGAAAUUGUGUAAAUCCCCAGACACUGUGAAACAUGUCAUAGCACACUGAACUGCACUGUAGGGUGAUGUUUUAAAAAGUCAAUCAAAUUAUCUAGAUUGUAAAAUAAAUGGUUGUAUAAUCGGUGCUGUAUUUGAACUGUACUUCUGUUUAAAAUGUGUUAUUGCUUUACUGUCUUUCAAAUAUGACCGACUUGAAAAAGGGGCCACAUCAUAUACUAAUGAGAAUUUGUAUAUUAGAAGUAAUCAUUGUUACUGUUGGUCUCUGUGUAGCUGUUUUAGCACUUCUUCUACUGUGAUUAAGACCAGUAAUCUGUGAAAUUAGUAGUUUUGUUCAUUUGCACAAAGAAAGACAAAUGUAGCAUUUUAAGACCAUGUUUUCUUUAAAAGCAUUAAUAGCACAGAGUGAUAUUUUAUUACAUCUCUGCCAGCACAGUACAUUGUGUUGCAAAAUGUAGUUUGCUUGUUUCACUUCCAUGGUCUCUUUAUGGUUUAUUAGUGGGUUUUAAUGAGAUGCAAGAAACUCCUGUCGACUUAAUAAAUGUCAGAUUAACUUGAGAAA